AUGCACUAUCUCAAUCAAUGCUCGCAAUUCGUUCGCUUGGAUGCUGAUUCCCGUGCAACGUUCGUCCGUUCAGCUGUACUUUGUGAACUUUGCCUCAAGCCAAAACAUAACGCGAAACAGUGUCGCUCGAGGCGAUGUUGCGGACUUAAUGACUGCAGAGGUCUACAUCACCCACUACUCCGUCCGCCCACCCAGCCUUCAGCUAAGUCGACGGGGCUAACGUGCCAAAAGAAUGCCGCUCAGACCUCAGCGUCAACUGUGCCAGCGGAUCGUGUAACCGGACAACCGUGGCGCUCGGCCUACUGCCUUGUACCUUGUUUCCAAACCACAGUGAUCCCAUCGUCAUCAACUGCAGAACGUGCACAAACCACAAUGGCUUCAGCUUCCACGGUUUUCUCCACGGAUUCCAGGUUAUUUGUCGUCCACUUUGUGUCCUCUUUCAGUCAGUCAGAAUGUGGCACAAUCUACCGUCUGGCUUGUGAAGACUGA